CGAAGCUCCCGAAUAUGCCUCAAUGUAGACGUCAUUCUCUCCGGAGCGGAAUUUCUGGAGGACUUGAAAGGAUGGAAUUACUCACCAGAUUUGGGCUGACAGAUGCUGAUGAAAAUCGCAGCUGUUUUGUUUUGUUUACUGGUUCGAUAAUCCGUACGCAUUAAAAGAAGGAACUUUUCCACGGCGCUGGGAAAACGGCAAGCACCGUGUUCAAGUCUUUUAGCCUAUGCAGAUGCGAAUAGUCAGUGGCGCAAAGGUAGGCUGCAGACAUACAGUCGUUUUAUAGUUUUUGCAGUCAUCUGACGGCUUUGUUGUUCAUUUAUUACCUAGAGUGCAGGCCUACGAAUUAAAUAGUAUCUGAAUCAUAGUAUUUCGACCUACUCCAAUUAUUUUGUAAUAUUAGAGAUGCCUAGUUUACUGUACUCAAACACUACUGCUAGCAUUCCCAAUAGUGAUUAUGAAUGGAGAUACGAAUACUACGAUGACGAAGAACCUGUGUCCUUCGAGGGACUUAAGGCACAUAGAUAUUCCAUUGUAAUUGGCUUCUGGGUGGGCCUUGCAGUGUUUGUCAUUUUUAUGUUUUUCGUGCUGACUCUUUUGACCAAAACAGGAGCUCCACAUCCAGAAAGUGCUGAACCAUGCGAGGAUUGUGUGCAUCUGACUAGCUGUGUUGAAGAACUAGGAAGGCCCCGGGACCCAGACAACAGACAGGUUGGUCUGGCCCGGCCUUUGCUGGAAGAAUCGCGCUUUCUCUUUAACUGUUACAUUAAUGAAGAGGAGCAGGUGGGACAAAGAAGCGUGAACAGAGCCUGCCAAGCUCAUGUACAGUCAAGCAGCACUGAGUCAAAUGGACAUGUGGACACCGUUGGUCUGGUUGUUCAGAGUGCACAGGAGGAAACGAGGGAUGAUAAUGAGGCAACUUUUCUGGCUCAUUUCAACAUUCCAAACUUUGUGAACUCUGAGCUCAGUUCUACGCUGGGGGAAGAUGACUUGCUGCUGGGAGACCCGCCGAUAAUCAUGGACAGUGAGUCUUACAGCCGCAGCACCCACCACAUUAGAGACUAAAUGUGUCAGCUUCUAGAAAUUUGACCAAAGGGACAUAAAAUAAUUAGACUGACUAGAACUUAUGUGCAUGGAGACUAAAUACUGUGGUACAUACAGCCUGCAAGCCAAAUUGUACUCAAUCAGUAAAGCUAUGCUAUCCAAUUAAAAAAAAACCCCAUAUGACCAGAGUUUUAAUUACAAUGUUCAGCUGUUAGGAGAGCUGAGUAGUGGAAAGCUUGCAGGUGGUCUUCUCCAUUAUGCCCAGAGAACAGUACUCAGUGUUUUGACAAGCGUUUAGCAGAAGCUAUUUCUAAUUUUUUUCAUGUGUUCAUUCCUUCACCACUAUACAUUCUUUUGAUCGAUCAGUACACUGCAGUGGCUGACUAUAAAGUGCAUUUACCUCUUCAAAUUCAUCAUUUUUGUUACCUUAGAAGUUCAGAUACACAAAUGGGCUUGUCUCUAGUUAGCUAGCUACAUUUAUCAUAGUUACAAAUGCAACUUAUUUACACAUUUAUGAAUAGAAAUAUUUAUUGAUGAACAAUGAUUACAACAGUGCUGACAAUCCGUAGGUACUUGGUAGUUUCAGCUCCCCUCCAGCCAUACACUGCCACAUACAGCUGUCUAAUAUCAAAUAACAUUGUUUUAUCAAUCACUUUACUGAUACUACUUUUUUUUUUAAAGACUUUGUCCAAAUUGUAAUGUGAUAUAAUUUUGUUGGUCACAGCCACAGCAAGGACCUGUCACUCUUUUCAGAUGACCAGUUCAAAACUGCCAAUUUACUGUGCCAUCUUACUUUAAGAAAGGCUAUUUUUGUUCUCAAUUAAAAGACUGCAUUUACAAAUGUAUUAUACUACAGUAUUGAGAAAUAAGUUAUAAUUGGACAGGGAUUGCUGCUUGUUUUAUGUUAACAAUUUUAUUCAUGGUUUUGGAUCAGUCGAUCUCAACAGUAUCCAUUUUCUGCUGGACAUUGACUUGAAUGUAAAUACAAGUGUACAUUGCUGUUUUUAUUUCAGUUUACAAGGCAAUAAAAAGACACUGAAA